AUGAUCAGUAAAGGCGCCAACAUCACCAAACCCGGCUGCCAACGCCAAUGCGGCAACAUCACCGUUCCAUACCCAUUUGGGAUUGGCCUCGGAACCGGUUGCGCCAUUGACAGCUGGCUGGAGAUCAAUUGCAACACUUCUUUCAACCCUCCCAAGCCAUUCAUAGGUGGCCUUGAGGUUCGUGACAUAUCAGACUCCCAGCUUCGCAUUACCAACGUCGUGGCUAAGAAAUGCUAUAACCAAUUGGGUGCGUUGACCCAUGAAAACACAGCUUGGACGAAUUUAGGUUCAAGCCCAUACAGCUUCUCCGCCGCAAAUAAGUUCACAGUCAUCGGCUGCGACGACUUCGCUUUGAUCUCUGGCUCAGAGGGGCGUAAUUUCACCAGUGGGUGUGUGUCCCUCUGUGCCAAAGCCGAGGACGUGCUUGGUGGCUAUUGUUCUGGCAUUGGUUGUUGCCAAACAUCCAUGCCUAAGGGUCUAAAGUACUACUUCACUUCUCUCAGUAGUUUGAAGAACCACACCGCGGUCUGGUCCUUUGAUCCUUGCAGCUAUGCGUUUCUUGGGGAAGAGAACGCCUUCACGUUUCGUGGCGCAUCAGAUUUCUUGGAUCCAGACUUCAUGNUCCACUUGUUGAGUUUGCUUGACUGGGUGAUCGGGAAUCUGAGUUGUGCACAAGCCAAAGCUGCAAAUGAUUAUUCUUGCCGAGGGAACAGUUCUUGUAAUGACUCGGACAGUGGUUUUGGAGGUUAUCGUUGUAGCUGCAAUCAAGGUUAUGAGGGCAAUCCCUACCUCAGCCCAGGAUGCCAAGAUAUCAACGAGUGUGCAGAUCCGAACAGCAAUGUAUGUGAAAAGAUUUGCAUAAACACUCCGGGGAGUUAUAAUUGUUCUUGUCCGCAUGGAUACUACGGUGAUGGUAAAAAAAAUGGGAGUGGUUGCAUUGCUGAGAGUUCACAAUUCCCAGUAAUCAAGUUCACUCUAGGUAAUCAUGUACUAAGUUUAUUUUCCAUUUUAAAUGAGAAAUCCUAUUGCAAUUCGCUUUAUCGUAAAUUCAAGUUCCGAUCCGAAAUCGGUAAGUAG